AGUUCUGACUCUUCUCCUGUCCAAGAGCUUUUCCUUGCACAUGAUGUCCUGACAGCGCCUGACCUUUAUUUUUCAAACAAACUCUCGCUGUGGUUUGACAAAGCGACAUGGAUCAGAAAGAAUCGACGGCGCUGCAAAAGCUGAGUUCCUUCAGUAUCAAGAGUCUGCUGCUCCCAUCCAAAAGUGACAAACACGACGCGGCGCGUCCAGAGCACAACAAGCUGCUGUCGGGUGCCGAUCCGAAACGAUCUGCGGAGCCCGCCGAGAUGGAGUCCGCGGCGCUGCUGGACUCGGAGAAAGUCAAAGAUGCUGCAGAAGAACCCGGCAAAAGUGCGAAGCUCGAUAAGCCGCCGUUCAGCUACAACGCGCUGAUUAUGAUGGCAAUUAGACAAAGCCCCGAGAAGAGACUGACGCUUAACGGAAUCUACGAAUUCAUCAUGAAGAACUUUCCGUUUUACCGGGAGCACAAGCAGGGCUGGCAGAACUCCAUCCGUCACAACUUGAGUCUCAAUAAAUGUUUUGUAAAAGUGCCAAGACACUAUGAUGACCCGGGGAAAGGCAACUACUGGAUGUUAGACCCUUCGAGCGAUGAUGUUUUUAUCGGCGGGACGACGGGCAAACUCCGGAGACGCUCGGCGACUUCUAGAGGAAAGCUGGCUAUCAAACGAGGACUUCGAUUUUCCCCACUCGGGCUGGGAAUAAACGAGACGGCCAAUAAUCCGCUGUACUGGCAAAUAUCGCCUCUGUUAUCUUUACACCAUCCGCAUUACAACGGAACGUCGCACGGAUUUCUGAAUCAAGGUCAUAGUUACGGUUCUUUCGUCCCUGGAGUCGAGCAUCUGGGCGGCCGGGAUGUGGCGCGGCCCGUUCUGGGCAGUUCUAGCGGAGCUCUCAGUUUGACGAACACUUACGGGAUGAGUUCGUCUCCCGUCGGGUUGUUAUCCGUCCCGUCAGGCUACUUGCACCCGCCGGCCCUGCAGCAAAACGCCUUCAGCUCUCAGCAGACGUUACUCACCGACACCCUGAGGACCACUUUGUCAUCGUUCGCACCUGCUGCUUCCGGUGGCUUGCCUGGAGUUUUGUGUCACCAUGACAGAGUGUCUCCAGAUUCGUUUUAA